UCAGCAGAAGGCUGGACUCUCAGUUCUCAUAAAACCUUGCUGGUUAAUAACAGGAGUACCAGUUCGCUAAUGGAGCACUAGUCAACAUAGGACUGACAAGGUCUCGAGGCCCAAGGUUCUGAACAGACCCCGUGGCGACCAUGUCGCUGUGCACGUGGCCAGGUGUUGGAGGACCCUGAGAGCGUGGAGCCUGGCACAGAGGGUGGAGGCCAAGGCAGACUACCUGGAAACGGCGAGAUGAACCUCUGCUGGAGCGAGAUCAAGCGCAAGUCCCACAACAUCAGGACGCGCCUGGAGGCUUUCACGGACAACAGCGGUAAGCUGCAGCUGUCCCUGCAGGAGAUCAUCGACUGGCUCACGCUGAAGGACGAGGAGCUGUCGGAGCAGCUGCCCAUAGGGGGCAACGUGGCUGCGGUCCAGCACCAGAGAGAGUUCCACCAGGCUUUUGUGGAAGAUGUGAAGUCGCGAGGUCCAUUCAUCUACUCUGUGUUGGAGUCUGCCCAGGCCUUCCUGUCACAGCAUCCUUUCACGGAGCCGGAGGAACCCCUUGCCGAUGGCAAAGAGACUUCACCACGCCGCCGUAUCCAGAACAUCAGCCGCUCAGUGUGGAAGCAGGCUAGCGUGGCAGGUGACCUGUGGGAAAAGCUGACAGCGCGCUGUCUGGACCGGCACCGGCACCUGGAGCGCACACUGGAGCGCCUCGCGGAGUUGCAGGGCGACAUGGGUGAACUCGCCGCUGCCAUGAGCCAGGCCGAGGGCGUCCGGGAUGCCUGGGAGCCUGUGGGCGACCUUUUCAUCGACUCGCUGCAGGACCACAUCGAUGCCACCAAGCUUUUCAAAGAGGAAUUGACCCAAAUCAAGGAGGGAAUGGAACAUGUCAAUGACCUGACACACCAGCUGGCAAUCUCAAAUGUGCACCUCUCUGUGGAAAACGCCCAUUCCUUGGAGUAUCUCAACAGCAGGUGGAAGCUGCUGCAGGGCUGCAUCGAAGAGAGACUGAAGCAGCUGCAGGAUGCCCACAGAGACUUCGGGCCAGGAUCCCAACAUUUCCUGUCCAGUUCUGUGCAGAUCCCAUGGGAACGUGCCAUAUCUCCAAACAAAGUGCCAUACUACAUUAACCAUCAGGCUCAGACGACCUGCUGGGACCAUCCAAAGAUGACAGAGCUCUACCAGGCCCUGGGUGAUCUGAACAACAUCAAGUUCUCCGCGUACAGGACCGCCAUGAAGCUGAGGCGGGUGCAGAAGGCCCUGCGAUUGGACAUGCUGACCCUCAGCGGCCUCGUGGAUGUUUUCCGGGAGCAGGAGCUGCUACAGGUCGAGCAGCUGAUGGAUGUGGUGGAGGUGAUCCAGGCUCUGAGCAGUCUGUAUGAGCGGCUGGAGGAGGAGCACGGCGUGGCGGUCAAUGUCCCACUCUGUGUAGACAUGUGCCUCAACUGGCUGCUCAACGUCUACGACAGCGGGCGCAACGGGAAGGUGCGGGUCCUGUCCUUCAAAAUGGGCCUGGUGUGCCUGUGCAACGCCGACGUUCAGGAGAAGUACAAAUAUCUGUUCCGGCAGGUGUCCGGGCCGAGCGGCCUGGCUGAUCAGCGCCACCUCAGCCUCCUGCUGCACGAGGCUGUCCAGAUCCCCCGCCAGCUGGGCGAGGUGGCUGCCUUCGGGGGGAGCAAUGUGGAACCAAGUGUGCGAAGCUGCUUCCGUGUGGCCCCAGGCAAAAAUGCAAUCGAGGUGUCCCACUUCCUGGAGUGGAUGAGCUUGGAGCCGCAGUCCAUGGUGUGGCUGCCGGUCCUGCACCGUGUGGCUAUUGCUGAGUCCGCCAAGCACCAAGCCAAGUGCUCCAUCUGCAAACAGUGCCCCAUCAAGGGCUUUAGGUAUCGCAGCCUCAAGCAGUUCAAUGUGGACAUCUGCCAGACCUGCUUCUUAACGGGCCGCACCACCAAGGGCAAGAAGUUGCACUACCCCAUCAUGGAGUAUUACACCCAAACAACCUCGGGAGAGAAGAUGCGAGACUUUGCCAAGACACUCAAGAACAAGUUCCGGUCCAAGCAAUACUUCAGCAAGCAUCCGCAGAGGGGCUACCUGCCCGUGCAGUCAGUGCUGGGGGCCGAAAGCCCCGAUACUCCAUGCUCCUCCCCAAAGCUGCCGCAUGCGGACACCCAUUCGAGGAUCGAGCACUUCGCCAGCAGAUUGGCGGAGAUGGAGAACCAGAACUGCUCCUUCUUCACGGACAGCCUCUCACCAGAUGAGAGCCUGGAUGAGGAUCAGUACCUCCUGCGUCACUCGUGCGCUGCAGCGGAGCAGGACUCCUUCACGGGCCAGCACCUCCUGGGGAACAUUGACUGCGAAGACAGGGACGAGCUACAGCGGACACUGGCACGGCUCGAGAACGAGAAUAAGGUCUUGCAGGGAGAGUACCGGAGGCUGAAAUGGCAGCAUGCAGAGGCAGCCGCCUCCCACCAGUUGGCCGAGGGGGCACAUGGCUCACCCCUGGCCCACCAGGACGAGGAGUUGCUGGCUGAGGCCCGGGUCCUGAGGCAGCACAAGAGCCGCCUGGAGACUCGCAUGCAGAUACUGGAGGAACACAACAGACAGCUCGAGUCGCAGCUCCUCCGCCUCCGAGAGCUACUGCUACAGCCCAAGGAGGAGUCCGAGGCCAACGGGUCUGUGCCUUCGACGGUAUCGUCCCCCGUGCUGGGUUGCGGCCGACCGAGAGAACAGCAGAGCAGAGAAACCCCAGACACAGAGACAGCAGACGAUGACAUGGAGCAGGAGCAGCAGGACACGGUGCUGCAGUUGCAGCAGGUCAUCGAGCAGCUGAGGAACGUGUUCCCGCCUGAUCUAGGCCCUUCUUCACCCAAGUAACAUUGGGCAAGGCCUGGGAGCUCAUAGCCACACUCACCAGGCGAGGAUCCAGAGGGCUUGAGGUGCUUUGCUCCGGUGAUCAGCGCAGAAGGUCAAAUACACAACCAACAUGCAGCCAAGCCUUUAACCUGGAGCACCUCAACAUGUCUUUGCACUAACACCCAAGAAAGCCUCUCUGGGGGGUGGCGGUGCUCAGAGUGCUCAGACUCUGAGUCAUCACACAAGGCGAUACAAGCACAACAUCGUGCUCCGUUCAGACGGGGCUACAGUAAACUGGGCUGUGUGCGGGUGUGCAUAGGUGUACAGCCCGAUGUCUGCUUUCCUUUAUAACAUGUUUCACGUUCUGGGGCCUCAGACAACAAUUCCAGCUCAUACGUAUCCCAGGUACUGAGCACACACACACACACACACACACACACACACACACACACACACACACAC